GAGAAUGUCAGAGUUAGAGGUGUGGAUGGGUCGCAGGCCCAAGGAGGCCCUGACUCAAAUGGCUACCAGAGCAGGGAUUAGGGUUCUCAGGGGCACCCUCUCCCCACUCCUACCUCACUACUUCCCCUUCCCCCUUCCACUAGGGGAAAAAGAGACCUCAGGGGGAGGGAGGGGAUUCUCUUCUUCAGAGACCACAUCCACCAUCACCAUCACCACGGACACCAUCCUCUUGAGUCACACAGGCAACCCCUCCCGCAGAGGCAAAAGGGGCUUCUAUUCUAAGAGAGGACAACGGACCCAUUUCAGAGGUGGCAAAGUGAAGGUCCAUGAUCUCCAAUCCAUCAAGAAGGAGCUAGCCUCAAUCAAGCAGAAAGUGGAUUGCCUUCUGGAGAAGCUGGAAAGAAUCGAAGAAGAAGCGAACCAGGCUGAGGUGCAGUCCAGUGUCUUGGAGCAGCAGAACAACAACUUUCCGGAUGAAGCUGGAGCCAGCGAGUCUGAAGGCGAGACCGAGGGAGCGAGCGGAUCAGAGAGACACUGAAGAGCAAGACCAGCUGAGGGGGCUCCAGGAUGAAGAAGAUGUCAGAGGGCAAGAAACAUCAGUCAUGGCCAGCGAUGGCCCUCUCCGACACUCUUUGCCCCUCCCUGGUACGCCAGGGCCUUCAUCCUAAAAUCAGCCUCCCUGAGUCCCCUCCCCUGGUAGUUUGGAGCAUAUGAUCACACUUAGCUCCAGCCUUAGUCUCUCCAGGUUUCCCAGUGUCUCUCUGUCCUGGUCCCUGCAGCUGUCCCAAGAGAUACAAUAAAGCUCUGUAGUUUUGCUCACUUACCUUGGAUAGCUUUAACUCUGUUAUAAUAAUUAAAAAUUCAAUUGUUCCA